AUGGAAAAUAUAAGACUCCAUAUUGUUUUCUUCAUGAUUCUUUUUGCAUGCCUCACAUCAAGUAGUCACGGACUGAAAAGGCAAAGUGAAGCACUUUCCCGUUUAUACAAAAUCAAGUCAAAAACUAAUACACACAUCGACACAAGGCCUUUCAGCGCCGAUUUCCCUAUAGAACGAAUUCAAUCACAGAAAUGGUCGAAAACGAACGACCUAAUCGAAAAAUUGCCCGGGCAACCGCCAGUCGAAUUCAGCCAGUAUAGUGGCUAUGUCCCCGUGAAUAUUAGUACAGGACGAGCUCUCUUUUAUUACUUUGUUGAGGCUGAUCCAGAAAAAUCGAGUAAAUUUCCGCUUCUUCUUUGGCUCAAUGGAGGACCCGGUUGUUCUUCUCUUGGUUACGGAGCAAUGGAGGAAUUGGGUCCAUUUCGAGUUUACAGUGACGGGAAAUCGCUCUAUAUAAACCCUUAUGCAUGGAACCUUGUUGCAAAUGUGUUGUUUUUGGAGACACCGGCUGGGGUUGGGUUUUCAUAUUCAAACACGACGACUGAUUAUGAGGAAAGUGGGGACAGACAAACAGCUAUCGAUAAUUAUGUGUUUUUGUUGAAGUGGUUGGAGAGAUUUCCUGAAUACAAGAACAGAGACUUUUACAUAGCUGGGGAAAGCUAUGCUGGGCAUUAUGUGCCCCAGUUGGCUCAGACCAUUCUCCAUCACAACUUAAAGGCAAAACGACCUAUUAUCAAAUUGAAAGGGAUGAUUAUUGGGAAUGCUGUGAUCAACGAUGACACCGACACCCUAGGGAUGUAUCAAUAUUUUCAAACUCAUGCUUUGAUAUCUGAUGAGACAUGGAAUAAAUAUUUGAAGUAUUGUUAUUAUUACAGAAGUUCAUAUGAAUGUUAUAAAGUUGAGGAGCAAGUUGAUGAACCUAUGGAAGACAUUAAUAUUUAUAACAUUUAUGCCCCACAGUGCCUCAAUUCUAAACUCACCAAAACGCCCAAGAACGCUUCAGUAUUUAAUUUUGAUCCCUGCAGUUACUACUAUGUAUAUGCAUACCUCAACAGACCUGAUGUUCAAAAGGCGCUUCACGCCAAUGUCACCAAGUUACCUCACGAUUGGGGAUCUUGCAGCAUCAUCAUCAAUUGGAAGGACAGCGCAUACACUGUUCUCCCUAUCCUUCACGAGUUAAUGGAUAACGGGAUUCGAGUUGCUGUAUACAGUGGGGAUAUAGACGGAAAUGUACCAGUCACUUCAACACUGCUAUCAAUCAACCAAAUGAACGUUUCGGUUAGCUCGCAAUGGCGCCCUUGGUACCAUUCUGGAGAG